AUGAGGGCCGCCGACUGGUGCCUGAGCUCGGCGGGGGCUGCCCUCGUCCUGGCUACCUCCAGCGACGAGCAGCACCCCGCCGAGAACAUGGCGGACGGAAGUUCAGAAACGUUUUGGACGACGACAGGCAUGUUCCCCCAGGAAUUCAUUAUCGGUUUUCCUAAAUGUGUAAAAAUCAGCAAAGUCACGAUCCAGUGUUACUUGGUGCGGACCUUAAGGAUUGAAAGAAGCAUAGCUGAAGACCCAGUAGGUUUUGAACAGUGCAUUGAAAAAGACUUGCAACACACUGAAGGACAGCUUCAAAUAGAAGAAUUUCCACUUCCUGAUUUCCAAGCCACUUACUUGCGUUUUAUCAUCAAAUCUGCCUUUGAUCAUUUUGUAUCAGUGCACCGAGUAAUGGCAGAGGGCACAGCAGAAAACACGUUAAGUCCAGCUUAAAUUUGUACCUCAGUUUUUCUUACAAAGAAUUUAUAUUUUGAUAUUUGUAGUGCAGAGAAUAUUUAUUGUUAAAACCUUGUAUUAAAGUGUGUUUUGAAGGUA